AUGAGGAUUCUUCCGACUUCUCUAUGCUUCAGUGUCGAAAAACGCCUUUGCUUGAGGUAUUCAUCAAGCUUUUCUUGUUCAUUAGGUCGUAGGCCUUUGUUUUUUUUUUUGGCUUCAGAUGUCUAGUUGCAGGAAUUUUUUUCGAGUAAAAAAAGAUUCUCAGAGUAUGAAAAAAAAAAAUUCUUCAGAUGUUUUAUCAUAUAGGCUAUCAGACUUUUAUAUGUAUUUCAUGUUUUAAUUAUAACUCGUCCGAAUUGUUGCUUUCUCUGUUGUUAUUUUGACUUUUGUCAGACCUUCCUUUCCGAUUUUCCCUUCCCCGGUGUAGCUUAAGUAUUUGUAUUGCCUUAGGUUCAUAGGGUUCUGUGUCUUAUUUUUCUCGUGCAUCUAACUCGUUUAAUGAAUCAUUUCAUAUUUUUCCAUUUUUUCGUGUUCUCCAGUAUAAAAUACUUAAGCGGUACUCAAUAAUUACCUGGAAAAGUAAAAAUUUUCAGAUAAAAGAAGCCGAGCCAAGAAGAAAAAAUGUUUCAAAGUCUGAUAACGCUUCAGAAACAAGAAACAGUUACACAAAAUCAGAAAGGUUUGCCAUUUUCCGACUUACUAGGACUUCCUCAAAAUAAUUUCAAAAACUAACAAAAAUCAAAUUCUUAAAGAAACGAAAAUUCUUCAGAAACCAGGAAAAGGAUUCUUGAAAAUUCCUCCAAGUAAAACCACUGGAAAAUUUUUUUUCUCGAUAUUUUUCAAGGUGGAGAAUAAUUUAUUCAUAUUUUCACAACCGUUUAAAGCGAGACCCAUUGGGUAUUUUUCCGUUUCUUCUUACUCCACUAACUAUGCAUUUUUAAUUAAAUAGAAGAACACUAUAGUGGGCGUCUAAUUGUGUGCAAAAACGGAAAAUAAGCGAUUUUUCGCUCGUUUCCAGCUUUUGGAGUCUUGUUUUUUUUUUUUUUCAUGCGGUCAAAUGUAUGCAUGGCAAAGGUCCUUUUGCAGUCCUAGCUGUAUGUUUCCGCUCUCAAUCAACAUUGUUGCAACAUUUCUUUUUCAAAUCUUUGAGAUUCAAAAAAAGUAAUUUAUCAGGUACCUUGUUUGGAUUUUUUUUGAAUGUAAUUUAAAGAGUGCGGCAAAAAAUUUGUUCUCGAAAUAAGUCUUUCACUGCCACAAUCCAGACUCAGUUUGUUUUCAUUGAGAUUCUCUAAUUCAGUUUCGUCUGACGUAAAAUGGGAAGAAGAGUAGGCGUCCAGCUAUCAAGUCCUGAGGUCGACAGAUCGCGUUUCAAUGCAUUUCUGAAACGAAGUGAUUCCCUGAUGAAUUGGCCUUUUGAACUUCUCUUUUUUCAAUAUUUCUCUUUGGUCCUCUCUGUCGUUAGCAUUUUCUGGACAUAGUCUGAUUAUCUCACGGUUUUUUGCAACUUAAAGUCACGCUUUAUCUUUUGACCUUGACCGGAACACCUGAAAAAAUACCAUUCAAGUUUCAUAUCGUAAUUGUGGCCGUCUCACUGUUCAAAAGGCGUUCUUUACGACCUUCUGAAAAGGAGAUGAACUAGGAAAAAGCUGUGGGGGAUUUAUACAAGCAUGAUGACGGCAGCGCCUGAUCCGCUUCGGCUUCAGGAAUCCGCCCGCACAGACUCGCACAAAUCCUGGCACGGCUGUUUUUUCUUCUAAGUAAUGGGAGCUUCUCAGAUAAGAAAGUGUGGUUUUGAAGGGAUUUAUCGUUGAAAAUUCGGAUUUUUCGUUAAAAUGCAGUUGUUAAUGGCUCUUAAUGGAGGAGAUAUGGGCUAUGAGUCUUUGAAUCCUUUUUAUGGAUUCAUAAUCUGCACCAAUCUCUCUCUCUCUCUUUUGGAAACAAUGAUGUGAGUUCCGCAAUGUUGAGAUUAGCUUAAACGACCAAAGGAAUAAGUUCUUUUCAUUGUUAACCCUUUGUUCGCUCAUCCAGAUAUAACUGACGUCAACCUGAAAAAGUUGAGGUGAUGCGGCUUCUGGUCCUUUUUCUCGCCCUUUUCGCAAUCUUCUGCAUUUCCACCGCUUCAGUUGUUGAGAAACGAAGAGGUAAAGUUUUUUCGAAAGAAUGAAAACAUUCCGCAAGAACUUUUCUUCCAGGUGUUUGGUUUAUGAGACCUGGUUGGAAGCCGAUGCAAAAGCGCUUUGAGAUGCUCUAUGACAACGACGCCUUCAAUCCAAGCGACGUAUCUUUUCGUUGA